AUGAACGAAUUUGCCUUGCUGUCCUGGAUCGUCUUGCUGGCUGCUUUCCCCGACGCCUCGGAGUGCCGCACCGAGCCUGGCAGCCAGGUCAGCAAAGUGGCCGGCACUUUGGCUACCUUAUCCCCUGGAACAACCAUUAACGCGCCAGCCAGCACUGUGGCUCCCAGCCCUACUAGCGCACCUGAGUCACGUCUGUCCACUCGCAUCAGGAGCACCAUUAUGGAAGCGACCAGCCCGUAUCCCGGCACACUGAUCUACAUCGCGCUGUGCGGCACUCGGGAGACCCUGACCGGGGGGAGCUGCUCCUGCCCCGGCAGCAGUAACAUCGUUUUUGCUGGCCCGGUAAAAAUGCACGAUGAUAUCUACAGCUGGCAAUGCAAUUGCAGCAUAAAUCCGUCAUGUCCCUCCGGGGUGCCGGCCGGCGAGUGCCACAACAUAGCGUAUGCAGUGUGUGCGGAAUGA